UUGUUACGGGCCUGCCCGGUCUGGAAACUUAAUCCCUCUAAGCACAACGAUUGCUUCAAGGCCAAACUUGGCAAAAUCUCACGCGUCAAGCAACACAUGGCCAGAAAACAUACACCUGCGUUUUACUGCGAGCGUUGCUUAGUUAUUUUUUCAGACAAGCAAAGCCACCAAGGACACAUCAGACACAGCCACCGCACCUGGGACUCAUCUAUGGAACUAGAUGGAAUAUCACACGAACAACAUCGAGAACUAAGUCAUAAGUCCAAGCCUAAUCUCUCAGAGUCUGAGAAUUGGUUUCGCAUCUGGGGCAUUGUAUUUCCCAAUCAGCCACCACCCGCUUCGGCCUUUAUGGACCCGGACUUGUCCGAGGACCUUUGUCGGUUUCGGGAGUUCUUCCAAAGGCAGGGCCCAGCCACCUUGGUCGAAGAAUUGCGCACUAACGGUAUCUCCUCCCUUGCGGAUGAAGACGUGACAUUGAGUCUGCAUGAAAUACUUAACCGGGGGCUCAACAGACUGUACCAAGAGUGGCUAUCAACUACCACUCCCUCUGCCCGUCCGGCGUCACCCAGGUCUGGAAGGACUCGACCAACCCGACUUGAGACACCUGUGAGCUCGUUGGCAGAUAGUGGUGUGGAAAUAAGGAGCCAGGAGCUGUCCUGCGAACUGGGAGGAUAUGAUUCCUCAGGUUCCAGAAGCACGGAUAGAAUCCAGCAAAGUGAUACACUACACGAUGCCCAUCAAUCCCCCACCUCUCUAGAAAGCAUCAUAGCAAUCGCCGCUGUUCCUGACAACAAUCAUCGAUUUGAUAUUAACGAAUCCUGGAGGUAA